AUGCCGAGGUCUCUCAGUGUGAAACUAGCAUGGAGGCCACUCACCCACCUUCUGACCAGUGCAGCACUCCAGCUUCUUACCUCAGGCAGCUGCUCUUCAAGUUUAUUUCCAACGCUGGCACCACCAUUCCAUGUGGUAGUCAAUGGGGAAAGAAAGACGCUGGUCUUUUGUCUGGUGAGGGAGCUCUCAGAAGAUACGUUGGACGCUGUUUGGUUUUCCAAUGGAAAUGGUAGCCUGCUGGAAUCUUUCAACUAUGGGAUUUCCAAGGAUGCAGACGGCACUUUCAGCACUAUCGCCCAAAUCUCCAUCAGCACCAGCGAAUUUGAAUCGUGGAAUUCUGUUACUUGCUAUGUGGCACAAAACGAAACCUCAAAGGCGUGGAGCAACACUUUACUUCAACCCACGGAAGAAAAAAUGAGAGAUCUAUGCCUGCCUGAAAAGCAAGGAGCACGAGACCAGAUAUUGUCCGCAGAGGUUCUGCACACCAGUUCACAGGCCCUGUUUCUAUUAGCCAUCCGAGUUUUGCUGUUCAAGUUUGUCCUGUUUGACGUCUUGAUGACUUGCUGCAUCCUUUACAAGAAGUAA